AUGAAGGUAUCCGUUGCACCAGAUAGAGUUGUGGAGUCGGCUUCGGCAUCCGAUGACGAGACCGUAGUCGCCGUCCAAGAUGGGAUUCGGUUGAACGCCGCGGGCCACAGGGAUCAACUGAAUCGCCAAUAUGGAUUCUUUGGACUGGCAAGCAUGGCUCUGACGGUGGACAACGCCUGGGUUGCCUUGGGCUCGUCUAUUUCCGUGUCAAUUCUCAACGGUGGCCCACCCGGUAUCAUCUACGGCCUUCUCGUCGCCGUCUUCUACUACUCCCUCAUCGGUUUGAGUUUAUCAGAGCUCGCGUCAUCUGUCCCCACGGCAGGCGGCGUCUACCACUGGGCCACCAUCGCCGGCGGCCCUCGCUGGGGCCGAGUCCUCGGCUUCUUUACCGGGUGGAUCAACUUCUACGGCUGGCUCUUUUCGCUCGCAGCCCUGCUGCAGAUCUCGAGCAACGUCGCCGUGAGCAUGUAUGCCGUCUGGAACUGGGACACCUACGUCAGCCAGCCCUUCCACGUCUUCAUUGGAUACCUCAUCAUCCUUUGGGGGUGCGCGGGCUUCAUUGUCUUUGCCAACAAGUACGCUCCCUAUACCCAGCAAGCCGGAACACUCUUCGUCUUGAUCGGCGGCGUCGUCACCAUUAUCGUGCUGGUCGCUAUGCCGAAGCAACACGCGAGCAAUCACUUUGUAUGGGGCUCUUUCGACGAGAACAAUGCUACGGGGUGGUCAGGGGGCGUUGCUUUUCUCUUAGGCGUUCUCAAUGGUGCCUUCACGAUCGGGACGCCUGACUCGGUCACGCACAUGGCUGAAGAGAUGCCGCAUCCGAAGAAGGAUCUCCCAAAGGCCAUCCUCUUGCAGAUAUCCCUGGGCUUCGUCUAUGCCUUUUGCUUUGCCGUCGCGCUGUCCUACGCCAUCACGGACAUUACAGCUCUCCAAGGCGGUUUCAACUCCUUCCCGCUGACCAACAUUUACGUGCAAGCCACGACAAGCAGCAGUGGAAUCCGGAACCCAGGCGCAGCGUUUGGUCUGCUCUUCAUCAUGCUGGGCUGCACGCUGACGUGUUGUGUGGGCUUGACUUUGACGGUUUCGCGAACCUACUGGGCGCUCGCGCGCGACAAUGCUGUGCCCUUAUCCAAUGUCUUCGCGCAGGUCAACGAGCGCCUGAGUUGCCCUGUCUGGUCAACCUUGUUCGUCUGUGUCGUCGCAACCGGACUCGGAGCCAUACCGCUCGGUAGCUCCGCGGCUUUCCUAGCACUGGCAAGCUCGUUCAUCAUCCUCACAUCCGUCUCAUACGCCAUCCCAUUCGCAGCUAACAUGCUCUCGGGGCGGAAGUACUUCCCCCGUGGACCCUUUCACCUGGGCAAGGCGGGAUACAUCAUCAACGGACUGGCCGUGCUAUUCAUCAUCUUGUUUGAUAUCAUGUUCUGUUUCCCAUUCGUGUUGCCUACGACAGUAGCGACGAUGAACUGGAGUGCCGUCAUUUUGGUGGGAACGGUGGCGAUCACGGGGCUUUGGUGGAUGGUCCACGCAGUUCAUCAUUAUCCUGGACCCAAGGUGAUGGAGCUUUACAUUGCCACCGACGGUGUAAGCCCAGUUGUCACAGAGAAGAACACGACGGCUGUGGCUUCGGCGGAGUUGAAAGAACCUCACGCAUCGCAAUAA